AUUUAUUUCGCGAAACUGUUCGGAUUUAAUACGUCACUUGAAAGUUAACAGUGAAGAGUUCAAUUUUGUGAUAACAUCCAAUCAAUUGGUAAUUUAAAUUGGAAACUGCAUCUCUAGCUUAAGUGGAUUUAGUGUUACAAAGGUUUUUGGAAUGAACUAGUACCCAACAUGUUUUGAAAAACCAGUUUUUGAAGAAAGUGACAUACAUUAUAUUUCGAUGUGGAACAGGACAUUAUGUAAAAUACACUGAUGUGACAAUCCCUAUACAUUGAAUUGAAAACAUGGAAUUUAUAAAGAUGUCUGGUCAAAAAUACACUCGUACAAAUUUUGAGGAGGAUGAGGUGUCAGGAGCCGGAACCCCACCACCAGGAGAAUUCAACACAUCUGUUGUGUAUAAAAGAGGUGGUGGUUUAAAGGGUCGAAGGUCAUGGCUGGAGGUGAUAUUACUUGGAACUUUAGGAGUUGCUUCUGUUACAAUAAUAGUUCUAGCUGCUCUUCUUGUGUCCAGGGACAAACAGAUUGGUCGAUUAAGUCUUCAAAAAGCCAGUGUCAAGACAGAUAAUAAACCUGUAGUCAUAGCAACAACAAGGAAACCAGAGGUCAAACCAAAACCUCUAUGUUUGACACCAACAUGUAUCACGGUUGCAAGUAUGUUGAUAAAUUCUAUGGACACUAGUGUUGACCCAUGCUCAGACUUUUACUCGUACGCAUGUGGUGGUUGGAUUGACAAGCAUGUGAUACCCUCGGGCCACGCGCGCUGGAGCACAUUUGGUGAGCUGUGGAAAUCAAAUCAAGAGGUCAUGAAAAGGGUCAUAGAGAGACCAAUAAAUUCCACUCAGAGUGACGCAGAAAUAAAAGCCAAGCUCUAUUACCAAUCAUGUAUGGAUGAAAACAAAACAAUAAGUGCGUUGGGUAGUAAACCUUUGGAAAAUCUUGUGCGAUUAUUUGGAGGAUGGGCAAUAUCUAAUAGAACAGGAGUUUGGGACAAAACAAAAUGGACGUUACAGAAAGCUUUGGAAAAGAUGAAAGUGUUUGGUGUAUUUUUCUCGUACUACAUCGGAGAAGAUGAUAAAAAUUCUACAUAUAAUAUCAUACAGGUGGAUCAAGGGGGUUUAGGCUUGCCAGAGAGAGACUAUUAUCUAAAUAAAUCAGUCUCCGAGGACAAAGUAUUGUCAGCCUAUUUGGACUACAUGACAAGGGUUGGGGUUUUACUCGGUGGUGAGGAGAACAACACCAGGGAACAGAUGCUCGAUGUGAUUGAGUUUGAAACACAGCUGGCUAACAUCACAGUUCCGAGUGAGGAGAGAAGGGAUGAAGAGCAGUUGUAUCAUAAAAUGACACUUGGUGAUGUACAAAAACUAGCCCCAUUUGUGAAUUGGAUUCAACUUUUAAACAGUAUAUUAUCAAUAGCAAAUGUGACAGUGAGCCCGGCAGAGGAAGUUGUAGUUUAUAUGCCUCGUUACCUUCAGAAUCUCACCGAACUUCUGCAGCAGACGCUUCAAGAGGAAAAUGGGGCAAGGACACUACAGAACUACAUGAUGUGGCAUGUGGUAAAGGCAAUGACCCCAUACCUUACCAAUGACUUCACAGAUGCUAGAAAUAUUCUUACAGAGGCUAUUUCAGGUACAACAGGAGGGGAGGAAUUAUGGAGACAUUGUAUUACAGACACAGAUCAAGUGCUCGGAUUUGCCCUCGGUUCCUUGUUCGUGCAAGAGGUAUUUAAAGGCAACAGUAAGCAAAAGGCGGAAGAUAUGAUCGAAGAAGUAAAGACGGCAUUCAAGAAUAAUCUGCCAAGUUUAAGAUGGAUGGAUGAUGAAACUAGAAAAGCUGCAGUAGAUAAGGCUAACUCAGUGAUUGACAUGAUUGGAUUUCCAGAAUACAUCCUGAAUAAAACAAGAUUAAACAAAGAAUAUAAAAAUUUGAAGAUCAAUGCAUCAGAAUAUUUCCAGAACAACAUAAGAAAUUUAUAUUUUGAACUUCAAAAGAAUGCUGCUAUGCUUAGAAAGCCUCCAGAGCCCUAUGUCUGGGACAUGACUCCUCCUACUGUUAAUGCAUAUUACACGCCCACCAAAAAUGAAAUUGUUUUUCCUGCUGGAAUUUUACAGGCACCAUUUUACAGUCAAGACUGGCCUAAGUAAGUGGCGUUAUUUUACUGUAACAUUUUUCUAGACUUUUUAAAGAA